UGUACAAACUGAUAUGCAUGUGGCUUUAGAAGUGUAGUGGUAACCAAGGAAUCAGCUCGUGAACAGGCAGGCAGUGCCCGAGGAAGAAGUGACAGUCACGCAGACUUCAUCACAUACCCGGCCCGCUUUCUGGGGAUUGCCUCUUGGAGCUUCUACAACUUUGUUUGCGUCUGAAUUGUCUGGAAAAUGCUCCUCUUGUUGCUGGGAAUCGUCCUCUUGCACAUUGCCGCCUUAGUGCUCUUGUGUGUGUCCACUAUUGUUAGCACCUGGGUGGAGACGAGCGGUAGCAGUGCAGACCUUUGGCUAAACUGUUCCACCACCAACGGGGGGUCGCAUUGUGAUCCUGCAAACACGUCAGAAUGGAUUCAGGCGGUCCAGGCCACAAUGAUCCUGUCCGUCAUCUUCAGCGUGAUUUCCUUGUUCCUGUUCUUCUGCCAGCUCUUCACUCUCCAGAAGGGAGGGCGCUUCUUCUUCACUGGAAUCUUUCAGAUACUUGCAAGUCUUUUCGUGAUGAGCGGGGCGACAAUAUACACCGUGAAAAGUGCUGAUUGGGUCCCGGAGGCGGCAAGCUAUGGGUACGCUUACAUCCUGGCUUGGGUCGCCUUCCCAAUCGCUCUGAUCAGCGGAUUCAUUUACAUAAUCUUGAGAAAACGUGAAUGAGCUUUCAUCAAUGGCACCAAGGCGUCUUUACUGCAGCGUCCAAAGUCAGAAUUGAAACUGAUAAAAAAAAAAGAAAAAUUUACAAAAAAAAUACUGUUAUAAUUUGAAGAUGUAUAUAGUAAAUGGUUUAAAACCUAUUUAUAACACUUUUUACAUACAUGUACAUAGUAUUGUUUUGCUUUUUUGACCAGAGAUAUCUUCUUAAGCUCUUGUAAAGCUAAUUCAGGCCUGCGGAACACUCAUUGUAACGAUGGAAUAAACAUGUUUGUGCCUUUCUUUUUUUUCUUUGUUCUGACGCCAAAAAAAACCCCCGAAAUUUGAUUUUGAUUAUGUUAACCAAAGCGCAUGUAUAAAAUAGAAGUCUAGAGAGCUUGUGUUUCAGCUGUGUUCGUUUUAGAGAAAUACAUUUGCUAUAAUAAAUUGAUUAAAUAAAAA